ACAUUGUUUUUUCACCCUGCAGGUUCCGCAUCAGAUGUUGUUCAGAAGGCACACCUCUGUUAUCCACAUCGUAGUGUUGUACGAGCGUCCGGGCCAGUUCCUGUGGCAUGCAGCAGUGGACCCGGAGAAAACACAGGAGUGGAUGUCACUGGUGGAAGACAGGGAACUACAGUUUGGCGAGUAUGAAGGGGCAUAUGACAAAAUGGAGAUAGUGCCUACCAGACUAGAUGGUGUAAAACUCAACAUUCCCAAGGACCCAUCAGCGUUCCUCCAGCAGAUUCCGCAUGCCAGGUUCCUGGAGUGUAACUACGCGCAGGCCAGGAAAUUCCACACAGCGUACGGGUCGGACCAGACUGCAGAGGGUGUUGAGUUUGUGGGGAAGGCCAAGUCUCUGCUGUCUCAGGGCAGGGCUGUGCUGGACAGGAUAGGGGUGCGCUUCUGGAUGAGCAGUGGGACAUGUUUAGGUUGGUUCCGACAGUGUGGGAUCAUCCCCCACAGUAAAGACGUGGAUUUUGGGAUCUGGAUCAAGGAUUACAAGGACACACUGAUCCCAGCUUUCCAGGCAGCCGGGCUGCCACUCAAACACAGGUUUGGAAAGGUUGAGGACAGUUUUGAGCUGUCCUUUCAGUCAGGAGACGUCAAACUGGACAUUUUCUUCUUCUAUGAGGAUGAUGACAUCAUGUGGAACGGUGGGACACAGGCGCGCACAGGCAAGAAGUUCAAGUACAUAUUCCCCAGGUUCAGCCUGUGUUGGACAGAGUUUCUGGACAUGAAGGUUCGGGUGCCGUGUGAGACUCUCGCGUAUGUCCAGGCCAACUAUGGUGCCAACUGGUACGAACCGGUCAAGCAAUGGGACUGGAAAAACAGUCCGCCGAACGUCCAGCCAAAUGGCCAGUGGCCAGAAGAGCAGUGGUCAGAAGUUAUACAGUUGUAUGAUGUGAGAUGAUGGUGAAGAAAUUUCAGCCAGAAUUUGCCUAAAGAUGUCUUCCAAUGCCAGAUAACUGUAUAUUAUGUAUAUGGAUGUACACAGUCAUAUAUUAAUUUAGCACAUUAAUAUUGAAAUUACUUCUAUUGGCUACUAUUUAUAGUGUGUUAUUUAAUAGUACUCUAUGUUGAUAAAGCCACAAGGAGUACAGGCAUGCCUAAUACUAAUACUGUAAAUAUUUUAGCUUCAUGUUCAGAACAAUCAGAUUGUAUAGUUUUAUAUUAACAUGAACUAGAAUGCAGUAUGUAUGAUAGAAUACUAGAGAUUCUUGUGCAUGACCAAGCCCUUCGUACCUGACCAAGUUAUGGUAGUCCUCAUGACUAUGAAUGAUGAACUACAGGUGUAAGGAGAGGGGUAGAGAGUAAGCCUUGUUUGAGAAUACAUUUUCUCUGCAGAGCCACCUAGCGGUGAAAAGUGGUCUUACAGCCUGAUUGAAGCAGACAGUAACACGUGCAGGUAAAAACUUGGUUGUGUAAAAGAAAACUGUUAGAUCCUAUGGUCUACCAAGGUGUUGAAACCAUUCAUGGGUUGUGUUGUGUGAUAAUUUAUUUUUGAUACUUAUUAAGCAAAUGACAGUAUCAUAAUUUUGUGUGAGCUAGUAUGGUCCUGGAGACAACUCUCCAUCUUCUUGUCUAGCUUGUCCCCCCAAUGACCAGGAGGUCAAGGGACUAGGAAGGUUAGUGGUCGUAGUAGGUAGUAUGAUAAGGGCAUAAAAGUCUCAUGGUAAAAGUUGUGAGUUUGGCAGUAACGAAAGAUAGUGCAAUAGUGUCAAGACAAAGUAAGAAAAAGAAAAACGAUGGACAUGCAGAUAAGGGAGUGUCUCACUGUUGCAGACAUGUAGCAAGGCAGUAAGUGUUGGGAAUAAAGAUAUGUAUUGGUGGAAAUUACUGCCUUUCUGAGUGUUGUUCUUCAUGCAUUGACUCAGUAUUCUAUUUUGUAUCUUUAGAAAAAGACAAAAGUACAUGAUGCAGCCAGGAAACUCUUUACCUUUUAGAUACUGAGUGAGUGCAAAAAUGAAUAUGUUUGUCAUUGAAUGAUUAAGAAAAUGAAUGAAUGAGUCAGUGAAACUAUCAUGUUAGAAAACUUCAGGUGUAUUUCAUCCUGUUGCAUGAUAUUUUCUACUAUGUAUACAAUCAAUCUAUCAUCACACUUUACCUGUAAUUAUUAUAACAUCUGUUUGCUUGUUGGA